GGCAGCAGAGCAGCUUCCGGCCUGAAAGAAAACAAAGAAGAAGAAAUCCAAACUACUCUUAUGCUCCACAUGAUAGAGCGACUGCGGACAUUAAAAGCUGAUCAAAUCAAUACGUAACCGGUCAAUUUGAACUUCCACCAUGGAGGAAGAGGAUGCGGAUGAAUACAAGGAGCCCUGCAAUCAGUGUGCAGCCGUGGACUGGGGCAUCUCAGAUGAGGGUCGCUUCUACUGCAGGUCCUGCCACAAUGUCAUCGAGAGAACCAGAGAGGUGGUGGACAUGUCGUUCACUUGCAACUCCAACAGAAUUUCCCGGAUCACCAGACAAUCCAGAAUCAGGAAGACGGAGUGCGGCUACGUCUGGAUGCUGUGCGAAGGUUUCCAGUUCAUCCUGCAGAACCAGGCCGACGCUCUCCUCAGACUGGGAGUCACUCCUCAGUUUAAGGACGACGUUCUGUGUCAGAUGUGGAGACUUUAUCUGCAGAAGAGCCAGCAGGGAUACACCAAAAACCCAAUCAGGAGUUUAAGGUUUAGAAGGGCAACGUUGGAUUCGGACACGGACGUGGACAGCGCCGCGGAAUCGGUUCUGUCUGGUAAUUUCACCGACUCCGGGUCAGUUCUGUACAGCUCCGCUGGCUCUAAUGCAGAGAGCUCCAGCGAUUGGAUGGGAUCGGACCGCAGCAGCGCAGGCACCUCAUCGUCAUGGAAACGGAGCCGCAGCCUGAUGACCAUGAAGACGACUCUGGCUCUGAUCCACCUGGCUCUGGUCUGGAGCCGCGAAGCUCUGACGCUUAGCGACCUGCUCAGGCUGGUAAAAGAAGGUCACGUCCCGUAUGUGACUGCGUACGAGGAACUUCCUGAAGAGAUGAAGCUGUGUGGUCCGGAUGCUCUUCUUUUCCAUGUUGAGAGGAUCCCGUCUCACCGCUCGGUCCAUAAAGAAGCGCAGGUUCUGGUCCAGUACCUGCAGCUUCCUGCUUUUCCUCCCAUCGUCCCAGAAGCAUUGCUCCACCCGGCGCCGCUCAGCCUGCGCUACCUGACCGACGCUAACCUGCCCGACGAGCUGCACAGGUGGGUCUGCGUCCUGAUGGACCGCGCAGGUAUGGCGGAUCAGGAGCGCCACACGUUGGACGGCGGGUCGCGUCCCGUCCUGCCGCGGUACGACCUGCAGGCCGCCGCGCUCAUCAUCGUCACCAUGAAGGUGAUGUUUGGCCUGGACGAUCACACCGAGUGGGAUUUAUCGAACAAGACUGGUUCCCAUGACGACACAGGAGACCUGUUCAGCUUCAGGAAGUGGUACAAACUGGUUCAGACUGCUUUGCUGGACGCCCAGCAGAGGAGGAACCAGGACAUCGCCAGGAAACAGUGGAAAGGAAAGAAACUGUUCUUCACGGACAAGCGGGACAGACUUUUUAUGACAAAGAGGAGAAGAAUCUCAGAGAACGUGCAGAUGUGUUUGAAGAGGCUGUCCUCUUGUCCGGCGGCCGUCCAUUACGGAGGUCCUUCCAGCUUCCAGUUCUGCUGGGGCGACGAGGACGGAUCAGACGGGCCCAGCCUGCUCCACACCAAGUUGGAUAGAGUCGUCUCCCUGAGUAACGGAUUCAUGACUCCCUUGAACCUCAACUACUGGCAUCCGCCGCUGCGACCCUGCAACCCCCGGACGUGCACCAGUCAUUACCCCAGCAUGGAGCCCGCGCUGCCGCGCUCCUUCGUCUGGCUGCUGCAGCUCUUCUCCUUCAUGCUGGACGUGGAGGCCUGGUAUCUGUUCGACGAGGUGCUGGAGGUGGAGAGGCGCGUCUUUGGCAUCAGAACGCUGGAGAUCGGACAACAACUCGAGACCAGGAAGUGGCUCAGGACAGAGAAAACAAGCACAACUCAAACUGGAGAUCAUCAACCUGACAUAUUCUAGCAGAACUGAUGAAGAAAAGUGGAAAAUGUUGAGAAAUUUCAUUUAUCUGUUUAUUUUCUUAUCAGUAUUUAUAUGUUACCGAGAAUACUUGAAUUAUUUAACAUUUAACAGAGCCCUGCUGACUGUAAUAGUAGUUUUACUUAUUUGUUUCGUUUGCUUUGUCUGGAAACAAAGAAACAGCGGAGAGCUGUAGUGGCAGAAGAAUGGCCAGCAGGUGGAGACAAACUGCAGCAAAACGAUCAUUUCUCAUUCUGGAAAUCAGUUUUUCCGUUUCUCCUCUGCGGCCAGAAUCAAAUCAACAACUUGCUUUGGUAGUUUACUUCCUCUGGACAUAAAUAUGUGGCUUUUGUCUGUUUCUGCUGGUAAAGACAGAAAGGUUCUGAAGCGGCACACUCGUUCGUGUCAGCGGCAUGUUCUGCUGUUGCCAUGGAGAUAUGAAAACAAGCAGCCUAUUGGCCAAUCGAUUGGUGCUGCGUUCACUUACUGUAGGUUGAGACUUACAGUCACUCUCGUUAUGUUAAAAUAAACCAGAUUUAAGUCUAAA